CCAAACAAACCCUAAUAAAUUCAAAUUUGUAUUAUGACCAAGACACGGUUCAAUUGAGAGAGAGAACCAUCUCGAAGGCGCUGGAUUCUACCAUGCCGAAUUGCCGAUGACUUUCUACCCAAGAUAGCGACAUUAAAUUCGCGGAGCGAACGGAGGUCUACCUAUCCGACCACUCCGGCGAUUGUUCAAGUUUGAAUCCGAUUUCUAUUGGUUGCCAUGGAUAGAGGAAGAGGCAGAGGAGGAAUGCUCGGACUGCUCUUGGUUCAGGCUUUGAGCGAGUAUUCCCGGCUCGACAGACGGCCGCCGGUCACGGCGGGACUAAUCGCCGCCAACACAGUAAUUUACCUGCGGCCGAAAUUCCUCGCUCCGUUCCUUCCCACGCUUAAUCAAGUCUGGUUCAAUCCACAUCUUAUUCUCAAGCACAAGGAUCUAAAGCGCUUCAUCCUGUCUGCAUUCUACCACAUUGGCGAACCUCAUCUCGUCUACAACAUGAUGUCCCUCCUAUGGAAGGGCAUACAAUUGGAGAACGCAAUGGGAAGUGUCGAAUUCGCCUCGAUGGUCACAGUUCUGGUUGGGAUGUCCCAGAGCAUCACACUGCUACUAGCAAAAGCCCUUCUCCUCUUCGACUACGAACGCGCCUACUACAACGAGUACGCCGUUGGAUUCUCCGGCGUCCUUUUCGCCAUGAAGGUCAUUCUCUAUUCCCAAUCUGAUAACUACACAUAUGUUCAUGGUCUUAUGAUUCCGGCACGUUACGCUGCGUGGGCUGAACUUAUUCUCAUCCAAAUGUUUGUCCCCGGUGUCUCAUUCCUCGGUCAUUUAGGAGGGGUUCUCGCAGGCAUCUUAUACUUAAAUCUUAAAGGCUUGUAUUCUGGUCCUAACCCGUUGGUUAAAGUAGUCAGGGGUCUCACUAGGGUCCUAGGUUGGCCUUUACGGUUUAUAAACAGCAUGGCUAGACCUUCUAGGAGUCGGGUUUAUGGUAGGGGUACCACACGACGCAGUGAGGCUGCUGUGUGGAGAUGUGGGGCGUGUACAUUUGAUAACUCGGGUUACUUAAGUGUGUGUGAAAUGUGUGGGACUGACCGUAACGGGAAUGGGUUUGGCGAGUAUGGUGGUGAUAGCGAGACGCCUUCUGUUGAGGAAUUAAGAGAGCUGAGGGUUCGGAGAUUCGGUCGAUGAUUAGAUUAGAUGAAAUUGCUAUGUAAAUAAUUCAUGAAACUAAGAUUCUAGAAAGCUGAUGUUAUUUGCUUGCUUGCUUGCAUAUGGUACGAAUGAAAUGCCUACUUGAUUA